AUGGAGACAGCGGUUCAUGGGAGGAGUUUAGCGUUGGCCGAAUUGUUGGCUGAAGGAAGGAUUCCGGAAAAUGGAAUUGAUUUGAGUCACUUCAACAACAACAACAACGAGAUCGACUCACUGGAUGGGGGCUUCCUGUUGGGAGUGAAAGGAUUGGGAUCCGAGUCCGCUCAAGUCUCACAUUCGUCGUCAUUGGAAAGUCUGGAUUCAUCUCCUGGAUCACUCGUCAACCAUAUGGGCAGUCAGGAACCCGACGACGAUGGAGAGUCAACCUCGUGUUCGGAGGAUUCUUUCGAGAUGUCGUCGACUUGUUCGACUCGGGAAACACCCGGCCAUUCGCCCAAUCGAGAGGGAACCUCUUCGUCGUUCACUUCGGGAGGCACUGAGUACAAACUUGAUGACGACUCUUCUGCCGCUCCGACUCGUGAAGGAUCCACCGAUCGAGAGUCAUCACCAUCAAGCUCAAUGAUUCGAAAAGGACCCUCGACUUCAAUGUCGAUGGACUCUUUCUUGUUGAGGGAUCGAAUCACGAACCUUCGGGAAAGCGUCGAUGAAUUGGACACGGGUUUGCCGAAACUCGACUUUGAUCGUCUCGAGAAACAACUCCAAACAGCCGCCAAAGAGAGAGAAGACAAUGAAAGGAAAUUGCUCGGUGAAGAGGUUCGUCGCCGUUUGGCCAUGCAAGUGGACGCGGUUUACUCGGGUCCAACUCCUUCAAUUUCCACGAGACCGAAUCGAUCGAAUUUAGCGCUUCGCUUGCAAAUGGCUAUGAAUUUACAGGUUUGCUACAUCAAUGAGAUGAGCGAAACGAGCGAUGCUGAGGCGUCAUCUUCAGAAAGCGAUGACGAGUGUCGAAUGCCGAAGAGUCGCUCAGUGCCUUGUUUGCGGUCGAAAUUGCGAGAAGAUCCAUUGAUAAACGUGUUAAAAGAACGAGUUUCACAAGGAGAUCAAUUAAAACCAGCCGAGCGUCAACAACUGCUGAGCGCUGAGACGAAAGCGGUGGUGGUGAAAUCGAAAAAAGAGGGUUUAAAUGCGUUGGAUGAGUACCGACGAAACAAAUCUCGAGCCUCCGAAGUUCCCCGUCAAUCUCGGCAACUAUUAAGUCGACUGAGCACCUCGGAAAUCGCAGAGAUUCUGCGGAAAAUUCAGGACGCUAUAGCUGGGAAAAACGGCGAGUUAGUGCGGCUGCUGAUCGAAAGAGACACUUUGCAUAUGGAACACGACUCUUUGCUCGUUGACAUCGAUGAUUUUCAGGAACACGAGGCCGAAGCCCCAGCCUUGGAUUUGAAACGACUUUUCCAUCUGCAAGAAAAACCGGAAGAAAUUGUCGAGCUCAAGAAAGGAAAUUGUUUGAAACCAAUUCCUGCCCGACCGAGUCGCCCGAAAACCCUCGAAACGUCGAAUGGAGUGCAAAGGAAGCCAAGCAAGGCGUCGAGCCAAGCGUCGAGCCAAGCGUCAAGCCAAGCGUCAAGCCAAGCAACGAGUUUCUUGACUGAAAACUUGCCAUCACCAUUCGCUCAACUUUCUCCCUCAAAAAUCUUGUCUAACUUUAGGAUAUUUCGGCGG